AAUUCCCAUUGUUUCUCAAUACAAUCUCACUUUCCUUCCUGAUAAUGAGAUAUUUCUCCAGCUAAAAUAGAGUGGCAGGCAGGCAUUGUGAGUCGAGAGGAGAAAUGGGAGGGGAAAGGAGGAGAACGAGGGAGGCACAAGCACUUCUGCUGGUAUUUCUUGACAUGCCCAUUGCAUGCGACAACACUUCCAUCUCAUCUGUGACUGUGGUCGACCUUCAAGCAGCUGUUUCUUAUUAUCAGCACGGCCAUUGGAAACGACAGCGAUAGAGGACUGAUACCCAUCUAGGAGAGGAGUGAUUGAUUUGUUUACUUUUAACACUUCAAGUAAGAUUCGCUUUUGAGUGGCAUCCACACAGGUGAUCGUCUUCAAACACCAUCUGACAUACAUUCAUUCAUUCAUUCAACAUCGAGUCAUCCAUCCUUGGAAGGUUUUUGGUUGAAAAAGACAGCUUUCAGGUUACUAAAGAGUCCUUUGUGACCUCAACCCAAGAGACUCAGUCUGUCAGAACGGGAGGAUUGCACUUCAUACACCUCAAGGUGUCAACAUAAUUGCUACAACUUCCUUAUAUCUCUGAAAAAAAAAAAUCAAACCGUAUGGCUGUGUACUCAUAUAUUCAGGAUUCUUAGCAGACUUUGAUCAGAGCUAUAACACUACUUUGUGAGACACUCAACCUCAGGCGCUAAUCGCUGAGAACUUACAGUAUAUCAAAGUGAAACAUCAUCUGCCAUCUCUGAGGAAUCGUGACUGGCAGCCUGAAAAGUUAUUUUGGCAAGUAUACCCGCAUCUCGAAAGAGAAGGAAGUAAAGACAGAGAUCAUAGAAGAACCUGUCAAUCAACGUCUCCAAAACCGCAAUCCUUUACCCAUCAGUCUGAAGAGAGACGAACACACCUGACGGAUUUUAACCAGACACCUGUUGGGCGACUACAUUGAAAGGUACCCAGAAAAAGAACAGGUAUCCAGAUUAGACAUGGCUGACUGGAGUUUACUUGGGAACUUUCUUGAAGAAGUCCAAGAACAUUCCACCUCGGUGGGAAAGGUGUGGCUCACCGUUCUCUUCAUCUUCAGGAUCCUGGUCCUGGGAACGGCUGCGGAGUCGUCCUGGGGCGACGAGCAGGAGGACUUCACCUGCGACACUGAGCAGCCCGGUUGUGAGAACGUUUGCUAUGACCGAGCCUUCCCAAUAGCGCACAUACGGUACUGGGUGCUUCAGAUCGUGUUUGUAUCCACACCCUCUCUCAUCUACAUAGGACACGCCAUGCACAUCGUCCGCAGAGAGGAAAAGAGAAAGAAAGAGCAGGAAGACGAGGGAGACGGAGAAAAUUACCCGGAGAAAGGAAAGGAUUGUGGGAAGGAGGACGAGGGAGGAGGGGGGAAAGUGAAAUUGAAGGGCGCUCUGCUACAAACAUACAUACUUAGCAUUCUUCUCCGCAGUGUGAUGGAGGUGAUCUUCAUCACAGCCCAGUAUUUGAUCUACGGGGUCUUUCUUGACGUGCUCUACGUGUGCAAGGCCCAUCCGUGCCCGCAUCCGGUGAACUGCUACAUCUCGCGACCUACGGAGAAGAACGUGUUUAUCGUGUUCAUGCUAGCGGUGGCGGCGGUGUCUCUUUUGCUCAGUAUCGUCGAACUGUAUCAUCUGGCGUGGAAGCACUUUAAGAAGUAUUUGCACAGAUACAAAACUUCCGAUCAACGUCCCAACACCCCGUCCACCGUGGCUGCGACCUCCCCCCAUCUGUCCACUCCGAAUCGGGCAUGCACUCCGCCUCCAGAUUUUAACCAGUGCUUGGCGACGUCGCCACCGUCUUCGCCCACUAUACAGUCGCACGCUCACUCUCUCGCGCACCCCAGCUUUCCGCCUUUUCACGACCGCAUGGCGCACCAGCAGAACUCUGUGAACCUGGCCACCGAACGUAACCACAGCCAGGACUACCUAGGGGUGGAUUUCUUUAAGAUGAGCUUCUCACAAGCGCCUACGGACACGCCAAACUCGUACGCUUCGGCCACGUUGCUAAGCAGCAGUGAGUUUCUUGAGGACAGGAGAAGGUUUAGCAAGAGCAGCGGAACCAGCAGCCGCAUAAGACCGAAUGACCUUGCGGUAUAGCGUCGCGUUUGAUAAAGGGAUGCUGGGUGUGACUACUAGGCAUAAACCUGACGCAAUUGACGUUGCACUUGAUCUUACAGACCUAUUUUAUAAUUGCGCAUUACUUGAUUUGUUUUAAACACAAUAUCACUUUAAAAGUCCACUGUGUUGAUUUUAGCGCCAUCUUGUGGUAAGAUUGUGAGUUGCAACCAACAGCUUGUAGCCAAAAGAAGCAGCGGUAGCCAGCACAUGGCAAAAAAUAACUUUCUUACUUAGUAUUAGACUUGUUUUUUGUAAAAAUAUGU